AUGUUUGAGAUACCGGAAGCCAAGAGAGUUCGGAGGGACGAGCUUUUUGAUAACUCCGGAUCGGAGUCGGAGGAUGAAGUCUGCGACGAGGCCGUUGCGGCAGCCGCCCGGGCAAAGCUACAAGAGCAGCUGUCGUCGUUGAUCACUUUCGACACCCCAGCCGCACCGAAUCAGGCCGAGCCGGCUGAUCACACAGAGCCCGCGGCAGAGGAAGUGUUUGAGUUCAAACUGUUCGCGACGUCCAAGAGCGGCGCGACAACCGCUAGCAGGGUCGUGCUAGCGGCCCAGGAGGACCCGGCGGCAGCCGACGAGGCCGGGAACGUGGGUGGGUUCGUGGUGGCCCGCCGGCCGCAGAGCUACUACGUCGCCGGCCCGCCAACGGCCGAGCAGCAGGCGCAGUUGGAGGCUGUGGCGGUCACGGGCGAGCAGAUCCUGGCCGCGGCGGGGCAGCGGUGCUGGGGGUGGGAGGUGCCGUGGAGAGUGACCAAGAUAGUCGUCUCCUCGUCGAAACCUGCGUCUGCUACUGCUACGGUCAAGAAGGAAAAGUCUGGCGAUGGUACGAAGAAGGCUCCCACUGGGGAUGCAAGCAAGAAGCGGAGGCGUCCCGGGAAGAGAAAGAGGAUAGCAAUUCGGAUAAAAACGAAAAAGGAAAAAGAGCAAGAGAAGGACAAGCAGACCAAGGAGGAGCAUCUCAAGGCUAAAAAGAAGCGCCUGAACCGGGAGAGGCAGCUCAAGAGGAGACAAAAGGAGAGGGAAAAGAAACAGGCGAUGCGGGCGGAUGGUGAUGGUAAUGCUUCAGUACAGGGUGCAGGCGAGGCUGCACCUGUGUCUACAGAUGCAAUGUCGGACUGA